AUGGAUUUCCAAGGUGACAGGCUCAACGAUUACAGAAAAAUCCACGACACGCCGCAGCCUACACGGUCCGGGCCAAGUCAGUCAUCCUGUCACAGCCUUGAAACCGAGAGCUUCACAGAUUAUACGAAUACCAUCGCCGACGAGACACACACUAAUGCCAAUGAACUGCAUGUGGGUCCCACGCCAUCUCCUGCUGAGAUUCUCUACGAUGGCAAUCUUGGUAGUCGUCCAGAUGGUUUCGAUCAAACAGCUCUAUCCACGAACUCAUCGACACCAUGCCCUCUGCCGAUUUCUACCCCCAUUCCGCCGCGAGCUCCGGAGUUACUUCGCCAUUUUAAAGACCACGUCAUUUCAUUCUCUUUCCCUUUAAGAGGAAAUCCAAAUUGUCCCUGGAAAACUGUACAUCUUCCUACCGCCAUGGCAGCCUACGCAGAUAUACUUGUUGGCAAUAAAGCAAGUCAUACGAGCUUGUCUCUCCUUCAUUCCAUUCUUUCAGCCAGCUGUCUUCAUCGUGCAACCAGAUUACGGAAUGCACAGGAAUACGAGAGCUUACGCAUUUCAAACCAUCAUCUUGCUAAACAGCACCUUCAGCUUGGUUUGGAAGAAGAGAUGACAGGCAAAAGACCAGUGAAGUAUAAGGAGCUGCUCAUGUCAAUACUAUCUAUGAUUUCUGCCAAGUCAUACAACGAAGCUCAAGAACUUCUAGUCGAAGCAGAAUGUUUGAUACGACGACGUGGGCUUCCAAAGUCUUGCAAGUCCUCCAAAGUCCGUGCUAUUCAUCAUGUCUAUACUUGGCUACGCAUAAUGGCGGAGAGUACUUGUGGCUGUGCCCUCGUUCGUGUCUGUCCCGCAAGACCGAAUUCGAGCCUUGUGGCCGAUGAGGGGACCAAGCAGUCUCUACGAAGUUUCCGGUUGUCCGAUGCCGCCUCUUUGAUUGAUCUGGACAUGAACAUCCAGAAAGAUGAUACAGUUGGGCAUUACGAUAUCCAUCUUGAGCUGAUGGGCGCCUGGACCAAUACCUUAUUCCCGAAUAUGUAUGGAGUACCGGAAUCCCUCAUGGGUCUCUUAUCACAAACUAUUCGUCUUGCCAAUGAGCAAGAGCUCCUCACUCGCGACACAAUUGUUGACGCAGACGUUGUCACCAACCUCAAUAAGCGAACGAAGACUCUGGAACACCAUAUUCUUUCCUGGGAGACGCGGAUGGGGAAAGACUCAUGUAUUCCUUUCUCGCCACUUUCUCGGGGGGCCGGCACAAAAAAUCAGCAUGAGCCUGCACCGCUACCUUCCUACAAUGCUUUGGCCAUGCAUCAAAGUCUGAUAUUGUUCUACUAUCGCCGAGUCCACAACAUAAACGCCAUUAUCCUACAGGAAACAGUGAAAAAAGCGAUGCGGUUUAUAGAGCAAGCAUGCGGCUCUAACGAGAGAGAGGAACACAAUGCCUCACUACUUUGGCCUUGUUUCAUAGCAGCAAGUGAGGCUCUAGACAGAACGGUUCAAGAUCGUCUUCUGCACUGGUUGCGAGACAUGUUAGAUAGGACAGCUGUUCAAUCCUUUGCUGUCGCUGCUGAUGUCAUUCAAUGUGUGUGGAGGGCCCGACAAGAGAGAGGGGAUUUUACCCUUAGUUGGUUCGAUGUUCUUGGGCACGACCGAUGUCCAAUUAUAGCGAUAUAG